CGAUGGAUGAGUCAUCGUGCGUCUUUGGGGGCUACUACUGACGGCACGACACCCGGCUUACUACUAGUCACUAGUCUCACAUCACCACGAGCGUGCGCCCGUUCUGUGCCAAUAAGUAGGCAUUUGUGUUUGUAGUGACAGCCGGUAUACCAGCUCCAUCAUGAACGUUGCGCCAGUCGGUCCCCAGCCCACCAACCUGACCUGCCCGUCAUGCCGCGCCUCCAUUAUGACGCGGGUGGAACACAAGUCUACCACCAAGACACACGUCAUCGCGUUGUUACUAUGUUUGUUCCUUUGCUGGCCAUGCGUCUGCGUGCCUUAUUGCAUGGAUUCCUGUAGAAAUGCCGACCACUACUGCCCUAGCUGCAACACCUACCUUGGCACUUACCAAAAAUAAUACCUAAAACUUAUUAAGACAAUGUUUUAUAACGAUUCCGUAGUUUUAUAAACUCGGUCUAUAUCAGCGCACUUUUAUGCUCAUUUGUUUUGCAACGUACAAUCGGAUAAUGAUGUAUAAUGUAACGCAACGUAACUUGCAUCGAUGAUGCGGGCAAGAGCACAUUCCGCAAGAAAUAUGUCUCCGAUCUUACUUAAGAAUGUAUUCGAAUCUUACAUCCCCAGUGAGAUGCCAAGCGCGGAUCCAGCUUCGUGCCCAGAGGGGGGGGUCACGUGGU